UGUUGAAAUUGUUAAAAUUCCACAAAUCAUCAUCGAGUCCCCAAUCGAGAUGUUCAGUUUUACAGUGGAUGAACGAGGCUGCAAUGUAUCUUCUCCUAUUGUAAGCUACAUUUUGCACCUGGUGCCACAGAAGAAUCUAUAACUAUUAGGAUGCAACCGGAGUACGACAUAACGACUACCAUUCGUGGAAAAAUGUUCAUCUCCCCUAUCAUAAACUUCACCUCGGAAAACAAAAUGUUGUUCCAAAAAAAUGUGAUGGUAUCAAUUCAUACAACUUAUACUGCUGCAGAUUCUGACAAAAAGAUUCCAGUACAGGUAAUCUGGAGAAGAGAUUCCCAAACACCAUUUAAGAAUCACAUUCAAAAAUUGGAUCAUGGCAAUGAGAGAUUUAUAACCUUUGAAUGCAAACAUUUUUGUGGUUACAGCAUUGUAGCAGAUGAGACCCAGUUUCAAAACAUGCAAAGACAUUACUAUUCUGCGGCUUACGUUCGACAACCCAGAAACCAGGAAACUCGCUUCUUACACUGGUUGAUAUUUGAAGAUUGUCCUCACGCAAAGGCAGACAACAGGCAAUAUCUUUGCGAAAGAGACACCGUGAUUGAUCCAGAAGGAUUUGCAAUCAGAUACAACUACAAUUUACAACUCCGCAUGAAUUGCGAAAGCGUCCAAAUUCAUGCCAAUAAUCAACGCCCAAACCUAGUGGAGAAGUGGGGUUCAAGGUUCACAGAGUCCUAUCAAUUCAAAAUCAUGAAAUGCCAGGAAGUGGAUGAUUCACCCAUUGAAUACGAAAUCAUGGCCAUGCAUUGCCAAAAUCAUGCUACGUAUCAGGUUAUACAAAAGCACUUUUAUAUGGAAUGGCUCUAUGAAGCACUUGCUCCUAAUGUAGUUGUUAACGCACACGAUAGUUCAACUGGACUUUCGAUCAACAAUCCAACAUGUGGCAGAGAUUUUCACCACCAAAUAAGUCGAGCAUCAUCGGGAUAUGAAUCAGUUUCUCGAUCACCAUCUGUACCCGCUCUUUCGAUUCAUGAAGAAUUUAGCCAUUCAUCAGUGGAGAAUGAGCAACCACCGGUACAACAAGAGGAUGCUGAUGAUAUAAUGGUCACGGAUUACGACGUGGAUGAUGCAAGUAUUGCUACUGUACCAAAAUCAGAAGCUACUAUAAGUGAAGAUGAUGGCGGUUUCGCUAGUCUCUCCAACGAAAGUCAAAGUUUUUCUUUGUCCCCAUUAGCCCAAAGCACCCCAAAUUCUACCCGAGUUGAGACAAUCGCAAAGGAAGAUCGUGAUUCUAUGAUGUGUGAUGAGAAAGGGUUUUCUAAUAGCUAGAUAUUAGCUGUUUCCAUGUGCCAUGUAUUUGUAUUUUAUUAAACAUCGGCCAAGGAAACUGAAAAUCAAACUCAUAACUCAAAGCGCCUCAUGUUCGCCAUGUGAUAAUUCGGUAAUUUAACUUUAGUUCACCGAAUUCAAACAGCCAACCUACAAACUGGUUUUACAUAUUCUUUUGUUCCAUUUCAUGUAGCGAAAAUGAGGUUAUUGUAUGUUUUUACUAGUAGUGUAAGAACUACUGAAUAUAACAAUUUGUAGCUUUUAUUCACUAAUGUCAAAUUUGUCACGUACUACAAUGGAAAUGACAAUAUUCUCUGGCUGUCGAGCUCAAAAUAAUAAUGUGUGUGGAAGGGGUAGGCGUUAGUUCGAGUCAAAAUUUCAUCAACAUUGUUUUUGCAUAUUUAAUUAUUGUAUAUGGUUCUUGGUAGUUUCUAAUAUAUAUUCACUAAAUUAAUUCCUUUGUUAAGGUAGCUUUUUAUAAACAUAAUAUGUUCCAUUUAUUAAAACUUGAAAUUUUGAUUAUAUAAAUACUAGGAAUUUUAUUGGUCUAUAAAAAAAAGUUAUGUAUUGCAAAUACCAGACAUAGAAAAAAUAUUUUGAUUUUACGAAAUGUUUAAAUAUCUAUAUUAUUCGUUUUCAUCAAAUGCCUUAAAUUUUGAUUGAUUGAUUUUGAAUGGUAUAUUAUUCAUCACAAUUAUGAUAGAUUUUUAAAUUAAUAAAUAUUUUUUCCUGGCUUUAUCAUGUGAUCAUUUGAAUUUUAAAAUAUUCUUAUCAAUAUUCUAUUCUGUAAAAUUUCACAUAAAUAAUGAACUUUGUUGCGAAACUUAUUCACAACCUUCGCUCUGAACAAAUUCACUACCAACUUCUUCUGAUAUCGAACAAUAUGUGAGAGGCUUCUACUAUUGGUAAGGCCUUGAAUCUUACUGAUUCACUAAAUUUAUUACACUCUGGGUAAGGUGAGGGGCACAGGAUUUGAUUAUGAGAUCAAUCCGUAGGCCAUCAUAUAUUUGUGAAUUUUGCAGAAAAUACUGUGAUUGUAGAAUCUUGGAAAACAUGUUUUUGACAGGACUUUGGCCUAUAAUUUCGAUUGAUAUAAAGAGCAUUGAUCCAUAUACAUCAGCAUUUUUUUAUUGCAAAUAUUCAUCAACAUAAUAAUUAUAUUACACAUUCGAAAGUUCAGGUUGUG